UCAGCUCCUCCUUCCUCCCUGUCAUUGGUCAGCUGCUAGUCCCCACAGAGGCACAAACUUGUUCUCAUCCGAGUGGCUCAGAGUCCAGUGAGGGGGAAGUAGGGACGAGGAGGAAGGAGAAGAGCAGCCAGACCGCCAGCCACUUUGGAUUGAUCAGAGGAGGUGGGAGAUGCUCGGCUGAACUCUGACGAGGCUGAACCGACCCAGCCAUCACCUCCAUCAUCUCUGUGACCCGACAACUUCCCAGCAGCAACAUGAGCUCCUCAUCUGCCAACCUGCACAGCAAACGCCUGCCCUCGGAGACAGAGCGUGGCCAGAGGCUGCCAGAUGUGGACGCAGCGCAACAGCUCAAGCUAAGAGAGAGACAACGUUUCUUUGAGGAAGUCUUCCAACACGAUGUGGAUGUCUACCUGUCCUCUGCACACCUUUGCAUCAGAGAUUACAAGAGACCUCCUAUUGGCAGCAUCUCCUCUAUGGAGGUGAACGUGGACCUGCUGGACCAGAUGGAGCUCAUUGACAUCUCUGACCAGGAGGGUUUGGAUGUUUUCUUCAGCUCUGUUGGAGAAGAAGGAGUUCUGACUUCUCCACUGCCAGUUCAAGGAAACAACAACAACGAGGAAGCCAUCAGUAAUGGACUCUUUCGACACGUCCUUGAGAGUCUUGACGCCAAGUCCCGCAUCUCCUCCACAUCUUCAGACUCCUCCUCCGACAGCCAGACCCCCAAUGCCAACGGAGGAGACACGCCUGUGGUCGGAUCAGACGAUGAGGAAGCAAACACGAGCACAAUGAAGAGGAGAGUCGUGUCCCCAGAGAGAGAGGAGGUGAAGACCCAGAAUCCAUCUUCAUAGAUUGUACCUCAGUCUGGGGUGAAGAAGGGACUCUGGGAUAAGAGCUACCAAAAGACUUCCACAAACCAGCUAUUUUCACAGCUUUCAACCUCUCCCUGUUGAUUUAUGAAUCGUGAAGAGCGUGUGGGGCCAUGAAAUGUAAAAAUGGAGAAUUCCUUUCAAUUUUCCAUUCCUGUUUUGGCAUGUUUUGAAGGACAAUGUUUGAUCCCCUGUUUUUGACCUCACUCAACUUGUAGCUGGUGGAGACAUUGUUUUGUACAGUACUAACACAACCCAGAACAGUAAAGCAAUAACUCAAACAAAAGGAAUUACACAAAGUGUGUCUUGGUUUGUGGGUACUUAAUGUACUGUUUUAUUUGGGGGGGUUUCUUUGCUUUUACAAUAAAGAAUAAAAUCAAAUGUUUU